UGGUCUAGGUAAUUAACACGAGGCAGACUAUAUAUAUAUAUAUAUAUAUAUAUAUAUGGAGAGGCCAGAGCUUUAGGCGAAGCAUCAAUUAAUAUAAUUGAGCAUCAGUAGUGGCUUCUCUGUCAUCUCUCCAGAACAAGACAUGCAGGUCGAGCAAGUCCUUCGCAUGAACAAAGGAGCUGGGGACACUAGCUAUGCUAUGAACUCCACCGUUCAGAACACCAUUAUCUCCGUCUCCAAGGCGGCAACAGAGGAAGCCAUCGUUAAAACCCUGUGCUCCAAUUGCGUCGAUAGCAUGGGCAUCGCCGACCUCGGCUGCUCCUCCGGACCCAACACCUUGCUCGUCAUCUCCGACAUACUUGCCACCGUGGGCGCCACCACGCGCCACCUCGGGAGGCCAUGCCCGGAGAUAAGGGUGUAUCUGAAUGACCUCUUCACCAAUGACUUCAACAACAUCUUCGCCUCAUUACCUGGUUUCUACAGAAAACUGAGGCAAGGUGGAGCGAGCAAGAUGGGGCCGUGUUUUAUUUUUGGGGUGCCUGGCUCUUUCUACGGUCCACUCUUCCCGGCCAACAGCCUCCACUUUGUUCACUCUUCUUCUAGCCUCCACUGGCUUUCUCAGGUUCCAGCGGGGUUGGAGGAGGAAGGGAGAGCGGUGAACAAGGGAAAGAUAUACAUAUCGGAGGGCAGUCCGAGGAGCGUGCUGGAGGCGUAUUCAAGGCAAUUCCACAAUGACUUUUCAGCGUUCCUCAAGUCACGUUCUCGGGAGAUGGUUACGGGAGGGCGCAUGGUUCUUUCCCUCAUUGGUAGGGACUCCUCCGAUCCCACCACUCCUCACAGUUGCUAUCAGUGGGAGCUCUUGGCCCAAGCCCUAAUGUCGCUCGCCUCACAAGGUUUGAUUCAAGAGGAGAGGGUGGACUCGUUCGACGUUCCCUACUAUGCUCCGUGCAUGCAAGAGUUGAAAUCGGCGUUGGAGAAGGAAGGAUCGUUCGUGAUGGAGAGGGAGGAGGCGCGCGAGAUCGACUGGGACGGCGGAGGUCUAACGGGGGCGGCGUCCAGAGGAGAGCGGGUGGCUCGAACCGUGAGGGCGGUGGUUGAGUCCAUGCUGGAAUCCCAAUUCGGAACCCACGUCAUGGACAGGCUGUUCCAAGCCUACGCUCGGCUUGUGGACCGCCACCUGUCCCACACCUCCGCCAAAUACAUCAACCUGACCGUUUCCCUCGUCAAGCAAGCCUGACUCUUCCUUGUUUCUGCACCAACCAAGGACCCCAACACCGUAGGGUCAUUUCAAAAGUCGUAAUCUUGCCCCGGCCCUCCGUUUAUAACGUGCACUGUGCACAUGUCGUAUUGGGAAAUCCGUGUUUCAAAUGGUUCAUAAUUAUUGGACCUGCAUUAUUAUGCACCUUUGCUUUUCUUGCCGUUCCACUCAUGGUGGUGUUGAGUGAUUUAAUUUGUUUCCUUUGAGUCACGGGAGAGGACCACCCUCGACUACAUGCAUAUCUCGUCUCUACAAAAUAAUAUUAGCUUCAGUCCUUAACAACAUAAAAGCUUAUAAAGUUAUUGUUAUAAUUUGAUCCUA